AUGGGGCAGAGGUGGCUCCCUGUGGGGCAGGAGGAAGAAAAGGGGGAGGAAGAGGAGGGUGCCGAGGCCCCCUCCGCCCCCCCCCCGAAGCCGGUGGUGCCGGGGGUCCUUUAUUUGUCCUUCCUCCCGCCGGGCUUCGGGCCCCGCCAGGCCCGGGCGCUGCUGCGGCCGCACGGGGAGCUGGGCAGGGUCUUCCUGCAGCCCCGCGGAGGCUCCGUGCGGCGGCGGCGGCAGCGCCCGGGGGGGCCCCCGGCCGUGGCGUUCGCCGAGGGCUGGGUGGAAUUCCGGGACAAACGCGCGGCCAAACGCGCGGCCAAAAUCCUGCACGGGGCCCCAAUGGCCCCCCGGCCCCGCAGCCCCUUCCGCCAUCACUGCUGGAGCAUCAAGUACCUGCCCGGGUUCCGGUGGCCUCACCUGAGCGAGCGGCUCAGCUACGAGCGCCAGGUGCGGGCGCAGCGCCUGCGGGCCGAGGUGGCCCAGGCCAAGAGGGAGGGGGGCUUCUACGCCCGCCGCGCCUCCAAGGACCCCCCCAAAACCUCCCGAGACCCCGCGGCCCCCGCCCCGACCUGGGGCUUCGCACAAAGACCCACCGAGGAGGAGAUCUGGCGGCGCAAAGCUCGGCCCCCCCCGGCCGCGCCCCCCCAGAGCCUGCUGGAGAAGGUGUUCGGGACGGGCAGGUGAGACCCCCCCUCAAAUCUGGGGGGGCUCAGGCGUCUGGGAGGGGCCCUUGGCACGCCAGGGCCUCCUCCGCACGCCGAUGCCUUUCUCAAGGAUCGCAGAAUGUUUUAUUUUUCUCCUUAAAACUUUUAUUACUUUUAACAAAAAUAA